UGAAAGCCAUCUAUAUGAUGAUGUUGACCUGUUAUGAUCAUGUCAUAUCCAUGAGGCUCGCAAAAGCGGCGGUAAWCAUAAAUAUUCAAAGUAUUUAUUUAAAACUUGAACACCUGUUUUCAUUCUUAUAUUUAUUUGAAGAGCUGCUCCGSAACUACCAAGAGUAAAACUAGCUUAAAACGAAAACCGGAAUGAUUGUUCUGAACUGGCGCUGAGGUAAAAGAAUUAUGGAAGUCACAGAAGUCAUUUUAACAUUAGCGUUUUCUCUGUUUGCUUUGAUUGACAUUUUUGGCAAUACUUUGGUUUGUUUAGUGAUCUUAAAAACACGAUUCAAGCUCCAAUUCACUCUAGGCAAAACAGCCAUGGACUAUCUUUUAGUGAACCUGGCAAUUUCGGAUAUAUUAYUGGCAGUUUUUGUGCUUCCUCGCUACGUUUUCAGUCACGCCUUCCGUCAUCCAACAGGUAUUGAAGGGGACUUCCUUUGCAAGUUUUUAUCCGGUGGUGUACUGAUUUGGGUCGGUGGAGCAGCGUCUGUUUUYUCACUUCUUUUAGUUGCAGUUGAUCGUUUCUGUGCUGUAGUCUAUCCCCAUCGACAUGAUCGACGUAUAUCUACAGCAAAACUACCGUUCCUUCUCACAAGUUGUUGGAUUUUCACAAUUUUGCUGAACCUUCCCCUCUUCCUCGUCAUGRAGUAUGACGAGACUCAAGAUUUCUGCGUCGAAAAAUGGCCUGAAAAUUUCCUCCCUAGAGCUUAUGGGAUAUUAUGGCUACUAUAUGGAGGACUGCUACCAAUCCCUAUCAUGGGGUAUUUGUAUAUAAGAAUAGUUCGCGCGCUUUGGUUUGGUCGGUCGCGUUCAAAUUCGUCCAGCCAAAUUAACCAUUUAUCAGCAGCACAGCUCUCCAAACGAAAAGCCACUAAACUAUGCGUUACUGUUACUGCUAUCUACACYGUUUGCUGGACGCCUAUUCUUGUACUCUACAUUAUUUCGUUUCAUUCUCCGACCUACGUGCAGUAYGGUUCUAUAUUGUACAAAGCAUCCGUUGCCUUGACGUGCUUAAACAGCAGCGUCAACCCGUUUGUCUAUACGCUACAAAGCAACCGCUUCAGAAAGUGUGUUAAAGAACUGUUGUGCAGCUCUUGUUGAUGAAAGAUACAAGUUGUAUGAAAUAAAACGAAAUGUAAACUUUUUGGUAA